UGUUGACAACGAGCCGAGAACGCUUGUCCAUUUGAUAGCGGACGUUCGAAAUAGAAACACGCGCACGCACACUCGCUCGGCCACAAUUUUGUACACAUAAUUAUAAAUAAAUAUUCACAGCCAGAAGCUAUAGAUACACAUAAUAGUUUUUUUUAGCACCACUAAGAUUUCGUACUCUUUUAAUUAUGGCACAUCUCAUCAAGCGUUUCGCAACGCCAUCUAAGCCAGAACUUGUGGUGACUUAUGGGUCUUUGGAUGCCGACGUUCAGGAGCUGCUGCUGUCGGCUUUUACAGUGCGCCUGCGUGCCUACGCGCCAUACAGUAAUUUCAAAGUGGGUGCCACAUUUCGCGGCAAAGCUCGUGGAGAAAUAUUCAGCGGCUGUAAUGUGGAGAAUUCCUGCUUUUCGCCAUCCUCCUGCGCCGAGCGUACUGCGCUGACGAAGGCUAUUAGCGAGGGUGAGCGCGAAUUCUUAGCGGGUGCUGUCGUCGCCUAUCAACCGGAUGUAUUUACAACGCCCUGCGGCGUUUGCCGUCAGUUCAUUAGAGAGUUCACGAGCGACAACGACAUGCCAAUAUAUGUGGCUCAGGCGCGAGAAGGCCGAACUGCUGAGACGCCCUUUGCCAAUGAGGAUCCCGUGCUGUGCACUUCCAUCUUUAAUCUGUUGCCAAACAGUUUCCAUACUUAUCAAAUAUAGCAGUUAGG